GAUGAAGCUGCUGAAGACUAUUGUGAGUUGUGUUUUGAAAGAAUUAAAUGAUAAUGUACCGUUAGUGGUUGCAAAACAUCCAGUCGGUCUAAAAGAAAUAGUGGAGGACUUUAAGGCGAAAACACUCAGAUCGGCUCAUGGUAAUCAGAAUGUACAAAUUGUAGGAAUUUGGGGCAUGGGUGGUUCCGGGAAAACCACCCUGGCAAAAGAGUUAUACAAUGAAAUAUCUUCUUCAAUGGAGAGGUUCAGUUUUGUGUUUGAUGUUCGAGAUGCUGCAAACAAAGGUCUGUUGGUUGAAAAACAGAAAAAACUUCUCGAAGAUCUUGGCGUCCAAAAUAAAAAAUUGGAUAAUAUUGAAGAAGGUAUGAGAACUCUUUCAUGGGUUUUAAGAUCUAAUAAGGUAUUGAUUGUUCUUGAUGAUGUGGAUAAUGUGGAACAAUUAGAUGUUCUAUUGCCCAUAAAAGAGAGUCUUGAAAGAGGUAGUCUCAUAAUUAUUACCACAAGAGCCUAUGAUGUCCUUAAGUCAUGGGGGAUCUCCUCCAUUUAUAAAAUGAGACAGCUGGAUCCAUUAUAUGCAAAGCAGCUUUUUUGUUGGCAUGCUUUCUUAAAACCCUAUUCAUCCGAUGAAUUUGAGAAACUUGUUGAACAGUUUUUAGAGGUAUGCAAUGGAUUACCUUUGUCUUUGAAAGUAUUCGGAGCACAACUAUUUGGUGAGUCCCGCAAAGAGUAUUGGGAGUCACAGCUGCAUAGGAUCUCCAAUACAUUGUCUAAUGAUAUCAAGCAAAAACUCAAAGUAAGUUAUGACAGUCUUGAUGAUGAAGAAAAAAAGAUGUUCCUCGAUACUGCAUGUUUCUUUAUUGGAGAAAAUAGUAGCUUGGCAAUUGAAGUAUGGAAUGGAAUGAAGUGGAGUGCUCUACGAAAUUGGGAAAGGCUCUUGCAUAGGUGUUUGGUUGAGCUUGACGGUGAAAAUUGCAUAAGAAUGCAUGACCACUUAAGGGAUUUGGGAAGAGACAUUGCAAAUAAACAAUCACCUUACCGACUUUGGUUUCCUCAACAAAUUAUUGAUGUUCACAAAAGAGUUAAGAAAAGAAUCGGCAUUCAAGGAAUAAUCGCAACCUCAAAUCAAAUAAUGUGGACUAAUUCUAUGGGAAUUCCAAUGAUGAUCGAAAAAGCUGAGGAGGUUGAUGAGUUUCGUGUUUGCUGCUCACACGGGAAACUCAUGGUUAAGACAAAUGGAGGAAUUUGGUCGCUCGAACCCUCUGUACUUGGACUCAAAUAUUUAGUGAUCAAUGGAGACUAUUUUAAUCAAGUAAUGGUGGGUGAUAUAUCAAGAGAGUUGGUCUGGCUUCGCUGGUUCCAAAUUGGCCGGCGAAAUCUUCCGUUGGGACUUCCAUUGAGAACGUUGAGGGUUUUAGAACUCUAUGAAAAAAUUUAUCGGGAACAUCGCUUAGAAGAGCUAUGGGGGGAGACUAAUGGCGAGGUAAGCAGCGUCCGUUUACCAGUUUUAAAUUUACAUUUCAAUCCUUGAUGCAUGCUUUUCUUGGAAAAUGUACUGCAGGCCCCUUUGCAGUUAAGGCAGUUGCUUAUUUCUCAUUGCCUCAAAUUUCAAGGUUUUCCAAAAUCAAUAGGUCAGCUCAAUCAUUUGAAAAAGAUAGUAAUCACUGAGGGCUACAGUGUUAGGAGUCUACCAGAUGAAUUUUGCCUUCUUCAAUCACUGGAACAACUGGUGUUAUUUGAGUGUAAAUUGCUAUCAUCACUGCCAAGCAAUUUCGGCGAUUUGAGCAAUCUACGACAUCUAAACUUGUCGUGUUGCGAAGAGUUGAGGAGAUUGCCGGAUACUUUUAAAAAUCUGAAACUCCUGGAACAUCUCGAUUUAGCAAAUUGUCAUAAACUGACAUUCAAGUCAGAGGACUUAAACUUUCUGGAAAACAUAACAAAGCUGGAUUAUUUGAACCUUUCUUUCAUCAGGCAAUUGCAAGAGUUGCCUCGCCACGUCACAAAUCAGGCGUCUUUGAGAGAGCUCUAUUUUGACUAUACCAGUUUAAGGGAUCUACCAGAUAGCAUAGGUCAACUCAGCAGGAUCACAAAGAUGAGGAUAGUAUGUGUGCAGCUAUCAAGCUUGCCGACCUCUCUUGGAGAUUUAUCGUCCUUGACGAAGCUUGAAAUUGCAUAUUCUCCUAAGCUGAAGUCUCUACCAAAAUCAAUUAGGCAACUGAAUAAUCUUCAAGAGCUGAGUAUAACGAAUAUUCCAAUCAGUGAAUUGGAUUUUGGGACGGCAUCAUUAAGCAACCUGAAGAAGAUAUCUCUAGAAGGGACAGUAGUGUGCAAACUUUCAUUUUCAGAAGCCUGUUAUCCCCACCUGGAGAGUCUCCAUGUUUCCUAUAAUCGUCAUUUAGAGGAGAUUGAAGCACUGUCAAGGACCCUGAAGUCAAUAUAUUUGGGAAACUGUGAAAUGCUGAAGAACAUUCCGAGUUUUGCAGGAUUUACUUCUCUAAGAAACUUUUGUCUAACAGAUUGCUGCGGAAUUGAGAAAAUUGAAGGGUUGGAAAAUUGCACAAUAUUGUCAGAAUUGAGUGUUGAGACCUGCUGGGAGCUGCCGGGAAUAAAAAGCUUGGAACACCUGCAGAAUUUGAAGCGGCUGGCACUCAAAGCGAACAAGAGAUCUGUUAUUGAACGUUGUAUUCAAACUAUACAGAAAUGGCCAAAUGAGAGAAUAAUAAUAUGGGCACAGGCAGUCCCUGAUGCGGCCUCACUUGUACACUCCUUCCUCUCUCAGAAACUCAUGAUCGUUGACUCCAGCUCCAACCAGGGUACUAACUCUUCACAAAAAUUGGUGUUGAAGGGUAUCCCCGAUGGUGAUGCCAUUAUGUUCUGUUGUGUUAUAAAUUGUGUUUCUUCACAAAUGACACUAGAGAUUGUUCUAGAUGGACGUAUAUUAUUUUUUAAGAAGGUCGGAAAGGGUAGAUGGGCAUUGGUAGGUGUACUCUCACAACGUAACAGUGACGGAGAGUUGAGAAUACAAACACUGUUCGGAGAAGGAGAAGUGGAGAAAGGUUUGGUUGUAAGGGGGGAAGAGCAAACAACAAGGGAGGCACUUCGCAGCUUAUUACCGCUUUUUUCGUUGUAAAGCUAAUAAAGUGAUUAACCAUUUUGGUAAUUUAUUAGAUUUAAUCUUAAUAACUUUAUUCUCAUAAGCUUCCUCUAUCUUUGGUUGUAGUUUCAC